GUGGAGGGGGGGAGAGCAGAUUUGAAUCACUCCUGUCGCUUUAAGGACACUUAUCAAAGACUUAUUAUGCGAAUUGAGAAUACCAGGAGCAGCUGAGCAGCCGGGAGACGGAGCGGAGUGGAUUUUACAGGGAAGUCAACAUGAUCUGAGCCGGAGGAGCGCGUCGGCGCCCGCUGGAGUUUGAUUACGCGCUGGAUGGUUGGCUCAUUUAGGGGAUCUUGCGCUCCCAGACCGGGGAUCCAAACAGGAAUAAGGGCUGAAGUAGUCUCUGAUUUGGAAUCGACACUUGGACGUCGCGCGUGGAGGUUCUUACUAUAAUUUAGUCGCCCCCCACGAUCCUCGGAUCGUUCAUUUGACAGCCCGGGAUCAUGGAUCGGGGAGGUGGAAAACAACAGCGGCCAGCGACAUGAUUUCUCUGCGGCACGCUGCGUGCUUGGGCUCCCCCUGCUAUUCCACCGCGGCAAAAGUUGCGAGGCGCGUGGAACGCGUGGAUUUCUGAGCCGUUUCAUUAUUAUUGCACCUGCUUUUUUUAUUUAUUUAUUUUUUUGGCGGACGUCGACCACCACUACUGAUUCGUGACGGAAUUACACGCGCGGAUCCGCCUGCAGCGCCCGCGGUGGGAUACUUGGACAUUCCUAAUCGUGGAAAUGGAGAUCGUGGAGGUGUCAUUGAGUGUUUAAAGGCCAUAUUUCCACUCUCCCGGAGCGAUCGCCGACUAUUCUCAGUCCGGUGUGGGGCAUUUGUUAUUGCGGGCUUGAGCGAGCGUAAAGGCGUGCACGUACUGAGGAGUUUCCCCCUCCUCCUCUAUUUUAUUUUUAAUUAUUAUUAUUUAAGCUUUUCACACAUGGAUGGGAAAUUGCAGCAGGCUCGGAGGUGCCGCACCAAACGGGAGCGGGUGCGGAGGUUGCGGGAAGCAGGGAGCAGAGACGCCCGCAGCUCCGAACCCAACUCCUCCUGCUCCGACAGGGAGGGACGCAGUCCAGGGAGGGACGCCGCCUCCCUGCCCGGUAAAAAGGCGGCACCGCACCCCGCGGCAGCAGCCAGAGCCCCGCGUGGCCCCCGGCGGAAGAGACGGGAGUCCAGCUCGCAGGAGGAGGACAUCAUUGAUGGAUUUGCUAUUGCCAGCUUCAUCAGCCUGGACCUUCUGGAGAAGACGACAGGAGUUGUGAAGACACCCGACAAGAAGGAGUGGUGGAAGGACAAAAAGGUGGCAAAGCAGCAGAAGAAGGAAGAUGAGGAGGUGGAGGGGGAAGAGGAGAACGUUCAGCCAGUGGUGGAUCCCCUGGAGAACGGCUUCCUUCAUCACGCUCAGCGGGAGCAGGAAAGAAUGAACGAGAGGCUGCUGAAGAGAACUUAUUCCAAGAAGAUCAAAACGAUCAAACCUUUGGCCAUACGUCCAGUCAAAGUCAGUGAGGACGACGCGCUGCAGGAGCUUAGUCGACCACACAGGAGCAACUCGAAGGAGCAGCUCAGUGAGAGUUCCACUCACUCGCUGUCAGGCCGUGGCUACUCGGUGCAGUCAGCAGCAGUGGCCAUCCUCAAGUGUGACAGUGAGACUGAAAUUGAGGAGAAGGUAUCUGAUGUAGGAUCAGAGAAACUGUUUUCUCCAACCGCACCUAAAGGUGUGCCAACGAAUGAGAGUCCAGAGUCUAAGACCUGCAACUCAGCCAAAUUUUCAGGGCUCCAGCGCAGCCAGGAGCAGAGCAGCAUUGAGGUGCCCUUUGCACCACCUGUGCCCAGCCCCACCCCGGCCUCGGCACCGACGGGCUCCCCAGCACCCGCGGCGGCGUCUGCCCCGCCAGUGCCUCCCAGGUCACGCCUUCUUCCCAGCCCUCCUCCUCUUGGUGUCAAGAAGGAACUGAAGCCUCCACCCCCUCUCCCCACCCCACCCCUACUGAAGGCACCACCCCAUUCCCAGCCCCACCCUCCUUAUCCACACGCACACCAGGAGCCCCGUCUUUUUCCCCUCCCGCCUCACCACGCACGGCCAGUCAUUGGCCAUCAGCUGCAUCACCCGCUGCAUCAGUGCAGCAGCCUCCACGACAUCAGUCACAGCAGCAGUCCGGUGGGUUUCUCCAAACACCUGCCCCCAUCCCCUCACCACCUUGGUGGACUGCCAUCCUCAGCUUCAGCCUUGCCUCUGUCUAUACCCAACCUCUCUACCUCGCACUAUUCCUCCCUACGGAGCCCGGCCCAUCGCCAUUCGGCCAUGUUUGCAACCCCAGCAACACUGCCACCACCACCGACCUUACCAACUAAUAGCUUAGUGGUGCCUGGACACCCUGCCGGCACCCCUUACCCAGAGCAUGACCUCCUGAGGCAGGAGCUGAACAACCGCUUCCUGGUUCAGAGUUCGGAGCGCGGCCGGGGGCCGUCCGCCUCGCCGCUGGCCCCCGUCUCGCUCCUGAGGGCCGAGUUUCACCAACACCAGCACAUGCACCAGCACCAACACACCCAUCAGCACACCUUCACGCCCUUCCCCGCCAGCCUGCCCCAGGCCGCCAUUCUCACCCCGCCCACCGCACCCCCCAUGGUGCGUACCCAAGCCAGAAAUUUUGACAAAUACACCCCAAAACUGGACAAUCCAUUCAUCCGACAUUCAAACUUCUUCCCCUCCUACCCCCCAACCAUGCCAGGCAUGCCUCAGCUGCUUCCACACUCAGGACCCUUCAGCUCGCUGCAAGGAGCCUUCCAGCCCAAGGCCUCUAAUCCCAUUGACGUGGCAGCGCGUCCUGGAGCCGUUCCCCACACACUGCUCCAGAAGGAUCCACGGAUAAGUGAUCCGUUCAGGACAUCUGUUCGGAAACCUGGCAAGUGGUGUGCAGUACAUGUCCAGAUCGCAUGGCAGAUCUACCACCACCAGCAGAAAAUAAAGCAAAUGCAACCUGACCCCCACAAGCUAGAUAUGAACGGGAAACUGGAUUUGUUCAGUCGACCCCCAGCACCUGGAGUCUUCCCGGGGUUCCCAUAUCCUCACGACUUGGCCCGGCCCCUCUUCUCUUCAACAGGCUCUGGACACCCAGCCCCUUCUCCAUAUGGCCCUGCCCCCCAUCCCAGCAGCUUCCUGCCUCCUAGCCAUUUGGCAGGUAAGUAUCCUUUCAGUCGCUCCAGUUCCUUUGGCGGCCUCGGCAACCUUUCAAGCAGUGCCUUCGGAGGAUUAGGCAACCCCUCGCUUGGGUCCAACAGUAUGUUUGGCUCCAAGGAUGGACCAGGAGGACUCCCCACAUUCAGCAGCCCCCACCACGACACCUGGAACAGACUCCGACGAACACCGCCGUCUUUUCCCACCCCACCACAGUGGCCCAAAUCUGCAGACUCUGAGAGAAGCAGCUCAGCCAACAGCCACGAGAGAGAGCGAGAGAGGGAGAAAGACAGAGAGCGGGAAAGGGAACGAGAGAAAAGAGACUCCUCCAUUGGGAGAGAAGAGAAGGACAAGGAUAGGGACUCGGUGGAUCGCAACCGCCACUCCAACCGCUCAUCCCCUGCCUCGGCGCCAGUCAGCUACCAGAUCAGCAGCCUGAUUCGCUCCAACAGCCAGAACUCCAGCGACUCUGGGCGCCAUCACAGUGGCAGCGUAGACCGGGUGCGUGAAGCAGAGAAAGAGUUAUUCGAGCGCCACAGAGAGUCUUCCACUCAAGCCGAUGUGAAGGUGAAGGAGAGCCGCUCUCCGAGCAAGGAGAUGCUGGAGAGGAGAACUUCAGAGGACUCCAUCAAACCCGCUCAGCGGUCCCCUUCUCCUUAUUCCAAGGCGCUGAUCAGUGAGCAAAGCAUGAAAAUGGCAGUAGGGCUUCCAUCUACACUCAAGGACAAUGAGAGGAAAGAGCCCCCACCUCCAGAGCUGCUCCAAAAAGUGAAAAAUGACAUGAAGAUUAAGGAGGAGAGAAAGGAGGAGCAAGAGGUCAUGGUGGUGAGUUCAGAGCCAGCCCCUCAACCCUCAGUGCAAGCUCUUCCUGUACCUGUCAGCCAGCCAGGAAACCCUCAUCACCAUCACCCACCUUUGUCCCAACAGCAUCCCCUUCCCUCACCCCGCGGAAGUGAUAUCCCAGCACCGGGUCUGCACGGUGUUCCAAUGGCACACUCUUUGCCUCUUUCUAUGAGUGCCAUGCCUCAAAUGGGCAGCCUCAACGUCCUAGACCGAGCUCGCAUGGCUCCCUUCAUGGGAGUGAGUCCGCUGGCAGGAAGAGAACGCCUGCCACCCACAGCCUUCCCCUGGGACCCGCUGAGAGAGGCCUACCGCAGCCUGGACCUGCAGCGACGCAUGGACUUCCAGCUCCGGGCCGAGCAGGGACAUCGCUUCCCCAGUGUCUAUGAACAGGAGCGGGCUUACCGCGAGAGGGAGGCUCAUGACUACUCUCACCAGGAGCACCUCCUGGAGGUGCGGCGGGAGCAGGAACGGAUGCGACAGCAGGCUGAAGAACGAGAACGCCUUCACCUAAGGGAAGAGUUGGACAGGGCACGUCUCCACCAGCUGCAUCAGUCACCGAUGGAGGGCCAUUUACCCCACAUGCCCCCCUUCAUGCCCCACCUCGGAGGCAUGCCCUACCCCAGACUUAGCCCUUCUACGGGCCAUAAUGGCCCCUUGAACAGAACGCCCCCCACUGCUGCGCUAAGUGCUCCUCCACCCCUUGUGCCAGCCGGCAGCACCAGGUCAGCCUCGCCCAGGAGGACUACCCCUUUACCCACCACACAGGACCCCCGGGACUACUCCCCAUCCCGUAACCCCAAAGAAGUAGAGGCCCGGUAGCUUGUUGGAAAAAUCACAGAGUCUUAGUGGGGGUCCUUAAAAGCCCCCACACACUUAUCUGGAAUCUUAUUGUCAAACAAAUGCACUGCUCCUCUCUAGAGAAGAGUGAAACUCCCUAAGGGAAAGGGUAUGAUUGUACAAAGCAAAGAUGUGUGCUACUGGUGAAGCACAUGCCAUGACUUUAUUUUCAGUGAACUGGAGGUUUAACAAUGUCGGUAAGAAAGAACACAGAUAUCUGUAUGUUUAUUACCGACUUAAAUAUUUGAUCAUUAUUAAUAUAUUAAUCCAAAGCCUUUUUUCUUCCUUGUGCCGAAAAGAAAAAGGUCUUGAAAAUGAGUUUGUACAUCUUUGUUCCAUGUAUAGAUAUUAUUUCUAUGAAUUUUAUGUAUUUUGUGCUUUAGUCUCGCCUUUUACAAUAUUUAUCCGAGUUGAUCGUGAGACAAAUCCCUUAAGAUGACGUAAAGACUUGAUUUUGGUUUGAGCCGUCAGUAAUUUAACCUCAUGGUACCAGGAUAUCCUCAACGAUGACAAUGUACAUUGCCACAUUACCAACUUUAUUUCAUUUGUUUUGCCUUUGAGAUAUGCAGAGGAAUAUAUAUUAUGAGGUCUUUGUUGAGUCUCUGUAAAGAGAAAUCAGUGUAAAUAACCUGUUGAUAUCCUUUGCUGCAAGAGUACAAUGUAAAUUUGUUAGUCUUUUUAACAGUUUCUUAUAAAAAAAAAGAAAAGAAAUGGGGAAAAAAAACUAAAAUCAAAUGAAAUGUGUUGCCUGUUGAAUAUCAGACAAGUCCGGCCAGCCGGCCGACAAGAAGGAUUGGGGGGGUGGGGUGUUGUUACUAGGCCUAAAUGGAUCAUCUGCAAUCUAUGCAAAGCAGCACUCAACACCCUGAUAAAAAAAAUCACUUGGACGAAGCAUUGUUGUGAUCGCAAAAGAGAAAACUGGAGGAGAACAUGUUCAUAUGUACCAAUGAAACUUUGAUGGUAUUACUAAAAGACUUCCAAGUCACAAACUGGAGCCGCUCCGGACAGAAAAGGAGGACACUUUUCAAGUGGAUGGCAAAAAGACUUUUUCUGUCAACCUUGUGGUGUUGUGCAGUUGUUUUUUCUUAGACUCUUGUAUACAAAACAAGUAGAGUUUUAGGCGUGAAAAAAAGGAAAAUGAACAUUCAUGGUUUAAAAUGUAUGGAAUAAAGUUUGGACCUAAUGUCAAACA